GGCGCCAUGCUGUCAGACAUGCUGCUGGUAUCUGCACCGGGAAAAGUCAUUCUCCACGGAGAGCAUGCUGUGGUCCAUGGCAAGGUAGCAUUGGCUGUGGCUUUGAACUUGAGAACCUUUCUCCGGCUUCAACCCCUAAGCAAUGGGAAAGUGAGCCUCAACUUACCAAACAUUGGCAUCAAGAGGCACUGGGAUGUGACUAGGCUUCAUUCACUAGACCUGAGCUUUUUGGAGAAAGGCGAUGCCACAGUGCCCACCCCAGAGCAAGUGGAGAAGCUGACAGAGGUGGCCGAUGUCCCUGCGGACUGUGCUGUCACCGAGCGCCUGGCUGUGCUGGCCUUCCUGUACCUCUACCUGUCCGUCUUCCGGAAGCAGAGGGCCCUGCCUAGCCUGGACAUCGUGGUGUGGUCAGAGCUGCCCACCGGCGCGGGCCUGGGCUCCAGUGCGGCCUACUCCGUGUGUCUGGCAGCCGCCUUGCUGACUGCGUGCGAGCAGAUCCCCAACCCUCUGAAGGACGGCGAUGGCAUCAGCAGGUGGGCCGAGGAAGACUUAGAGUUAAUCAACAAAUGGGCCUUCCAGGGCGAGAGGAUCAUUCACGGGAAUCCGUCUGGAGUGGACAAUGCCGUCAGCACCUGGGGAGGAGUGCUCCGGUACCAGCAAGGACAGAGUGUAUCUCUAAAGAGGCCCCCAUCUUUGAAGAUCUUGCUAACCAACACCAAAGUGCCCCGCAGCACCAAAGCACUCGUGGCCGGAGUCAGGAGCAGGCUGCUGAAGUUCCCAGAAAUUGUGAACCCCCUCCUCACCUCCAUAGACGCCAUUGCCCUGGAGUGCGAGCGGGUGCUGGGAGAGAUGGAGGCUGAGCCGACCCCAGAACAGUACCUGGUGCUGGAAGAGCUCAUCGACAUGAACCAGCACCAUCUGAAUGCCCUUGGAGUGGGCCACGCCACUCUGGACCGGCUAUGCCAGGUGACCAGGUCCCACGGACUGUACAGCAAGCUCACAGGUGCAGGCGGCGGUGGCUGUGGCAUUACACUCCUCAAGCCAGAUGUGCAGCGGCAGGUGGUAGAGGCCACCAAGCAGGCCCUGACUGGCUGCGGCUUCGACUGCUGGGAAACCAGCAUCGGCUCUCCUGGCGUUUCCAUGCACUUGGCCUCCCUCCUGGAUGCUCCCAUUCGACAGGCCCUGGAUAUCCUCUGA